GUGCCAGCGCGGAGGGAGGAGCGCGGCGUCUGGUUCAGCGCGUUUCCGCAGGCGCAAACAGUCCCUGCGUGGGUUCGGCUUCGCGGCGUUCAUCGUUUCUGUCGCGUCUUCUCCGUCAACCGAUGGUCGUGAAUGGCUUUUUACCGUUCGCGUCGUAACCGGAGAUCUCCCGACGCGCCGUCAGCAGCCAUAGAGGUGACCUUAAUCUGCCAUGGCAGUCUUUAGUCCCCAGGUGCUCCUUGCAGUCACAAGAUCCAGGGGUUCAUAUUUGCUGUCCAAGAGGCACAGCUGCUCCUCUCUCCCAUCCAAAGCCUACCUCCAUGUAGACCCUCCCAAACGGUUCUCCUCCCUGUACCCCCUCAGGCACUACCGCUCUAGCUACCCCCACUGCCCCCGGGCCCAUGCGACUUGUCAUACUCACACCCUACUAGCCCGGUCACUGCACAACUCAAGUGUUUGGCUCCAGGAUAUAAAGCAGGAAAACAAUAAGGCAUCCUCUACCACAGCCCAGGAUGGCCCUGCUGGGGUAAAGAAUGACUCUGCUACCCCUCAACCACCACCUCAGGCCCCACCUAGUUCCACUCCAGUGUCCACUGCUACCACUACAGCAGCAGCUGUCCCUCCAGUUCAGGAGAGGGCAGUGGUGAAAAAGUCUAUUUAUCAGAGGAUUGUGGAUGAAUUGAAGCAUUACUAUAAUGGCUUCCGAUUGCUGGGCAUUGACAUCAAGAUUGCAGGCAGAAUGGUGUGGAGGCUGCUACAUGGACAACUGCUCACACGCAGGGAGAGGAGAAGGCUGAUGAGGACCUGUGCUGACCUGUUUCGCCUCGUGCCAUUCGUGGUGUUCAUCAUUGUUCCUUUCAUGGAGUUCUUGCUUCCCGUCUUCCUCAAGCUAUUCCCAGAGAUGUUGCCAUCCACUUUUGAGACAGAGUCCAAAAAGGAAGAAAAGCAGAAGAAGGGUCUGGCUGCUAAGCUGGAACUGGCCAAGUUUCUCCAGGAGACCAUCGCUGAGAUGGCCCGCAGAAACAAAGCCAAGGCCAUGACAGAAGACGAGACGCAGCGCUUCUCUACAUAUGUACAGAAGGUACGGCACACAGGAGAGCAGCCGUCCACAAAGGAAAUUGUCAGGUUUUCGAAGCUGUUUGAGGAUGAGCUGACGCUAGAGCACCUAGAGCGUCCCCAGCUGGUGGCUCUUUGCAAGUUACUGGAACUGCAGCCCAUUGGCACCAACAACCUGCUGCGUUUCCAGCUGAUGAUGCAGCUGAGGAACAUCAAGGCUGACGACGAGAUGAUUGCAACAGAGGGUGUGGCAGCAAUGAGUGUGUCAGAGCUGCAGGCUGCAUGUCGUAGCAGAGGGAUGAGGUCCCUGGGUCUCACCACUGACCAACUUCGCCAACAGAUGCAGCAGUGGGUGGAUCUGCACCUGAAGGAGAAUGUUCCCCCAUCCCUGCUUCUGCUGUCCAGGGCCAUGUACUUGACCGACCUCAAACCGAAACCCCCCGUCAUCCCUCCAGUACCCAAACUAGAGAAAGCCACUCCACCAGUGGAGAAUACAGAAGCAACCUCAACCACAGCGGACAUGUUGGCCGACCCUGCUCUCAUCAUUAAAGACAGAACGGCGGAGGAAAUAAGAGAUAAGGCUCCAAAGGUGUCAGAAAAACCUCUGUCCCCUGCGGAGAUCCUUCAGGCUAAAGCGGCAACAGAUGUCACCCAGAAGAGCAAAAUGAGUGCCAAUGGUGUUUAAAAGAGGCUCAGGAGACUCCUGGAUGGACUGACUGGGAGAGAGAUUUGGCCAUGACAACUCUAUAUCCACAGGAAGCAGUGGUUGGAUAGUGGGCUAUCAGUGAUCUACCAUACAAUAGCUGAUCAUUAGGGAACUAACUCCUCCCAGCUUUUUAAACCCUUUGUUUCUUCCCCUACACCAGAGGGCGAUUGGAAAUCCACGGGCCAAUGUAACAUUGUUCUACAAUUGUGCAGUCUUUGUGCUGAUAAUACCAGAUGUUACACUGGUCCAGGAACUGCCCCUUCCCUGUCCCCUCCGCUGUUUACAUCAAAACAAGAUCUUCUGACUGUUGGACAGAAGUCAUACACAUGGACUUCACGUCAGCAGCCCUUAUUCCUUGACUUUAUUUUUCUGCUUUUAAAUGCAUGCACUCCAGUCACUAUAGUCUUUCACUACAACUGGACUGUGUCCAGUUUCACUGCAUUGCCAGGCCACUGGUGGUGUGAUUCAAUUCACUUGAAUGAAACAGGACCUGUUUGUCAGUCUGGAUGGUGUCUCCGUAUGGUUUAGACCAGAGCUUCCUCCUCUUGUAAAUUUGUAAAUACCUGUACAUUUAUUCAGUGUCUGACAUUGCAGCAGCUGUUUUUUACAGUUUGCUAUACAACUCCCUAAAACUCGACAAGAGGGUUCCAUGAACCCUUUUCCUCCUAUUUGUUUUAUUUGGUUCGAUUUGUCUGACCUCAUAAUCCACUUCAGAACAAGACAGAAGUUGGCUGCUGAGAUAAACACGUUUUUCAGAAUUAGGUGGUUGAACAUCAAGAGUUUAACGCCUGCCAAAUUUGGAACAUUCUGAAUUGUAGAAGGAUGUGUCAACAUCAACAUACAGAGUUUUAAACUUGGGUGUAACAACCAGAGGUUCACUCUCAACUUGCCUGGGGGUGGGUAACUAAUGGCCCUGGUACUGAAUGAAGUGGCGUUUUGUUAGGUGCUUGCAGUUGUAAAUAGUAAAUGAACACUGGUUGAUUAUUCUGAUCGGAAGAGAGUGCUCACUCCUUUACACCGCCCCCCCCCCCCCGAAAAAAAGAAAAAAGACUAGUGAGGGGCAGUCUGCCUCCACUGUUCAGAAAUAAAAUUUUCAGUCUGUAUAAAAUCUCACUUUAUUGUACUGGAAUAUACAUGUUGUGUUUCAUGAUGUGAUCUUUCAGCAUUUUAAAUUGAGUUAAAUUUAAACGAUACUCAACCUAGCUUGCAAUGGAUUUUCAUCCAUCGCCAUCGAUGAUAACCCAAUGUGAGAACGUCACUAGCAGUGACAGUUAUUAUUGCGAGAAAAUUUAAAUGAAGGUUGUUGAAGCCAUUCAAAAUUAGUUUAAUAUCUAUUUUUUGUAACAAGGUUCUCGGGAGAGCUUAUAGUUAAGGCUAAUAUACCUAACUCUCAUGCUUCAUUUAGCUUUCAUAUUUAUAUAACCUUGAUGGUUGUUAUUCAAGUGUUUACCAAAUAAGCGUGUCCUGUAUACAGCUUUGUAUACAUGUGGUUGUGUGUGUUUAAUGCCUUAGCUUUUGGGAAAACUUGAGCUCCCUAUCAAGUUUAUAUUAUUUCUGAUAUUCAGCUCUCACCCCCAAGAGGAAAUAGAAAUAUUAUUUCCUCCCUUUUCUUCCCCUUGGCUCCUUACCCAUGGACACCUUGUGGAAAUGGAUAAAAAAAAUGAAUGGGUAUUAUUUUUUUAAGCAAAAUAAUUAUUGAAAAUGUUUGUUCUUGGUUUUACAUUGGUGCCUAAGGUUAAUGAGCUCUGCGGUUGACUUGUGUUUUCAUUUAGUUUUCUAUUCUGUUCUCAGGAUCUUAUUCUAGUUGUGUACUUGGUUUGACAAAUGCAAGUCUUUCUAACUACCUACUUGCUCACUCUAAUGUGGGAUAUCUCCACCCCCCCCCACACUCCAUCACAGUGUUAAUUGAUCCCUAUUAAUCCUUUUUCUCCUCUCCUUAAUACAAAAACAGAAAAGGUGUUACCUGUUUCUGCGUGCGUGCAUUGAAAAUACGUAAAAGCAUGUGUGAGCAACAUUAUAUCCCCAGAACUUUGAUUUGUGUUCAGAUUCCACGCUCAACCAUAAAGACUCGCAUCGUAGCCAAAAAUACAUGAAAAUUAAUCCCAGCUACAUCAAUUGCACUUUUCUAUAUCAGCAGAAGGCUCUGUGUGCAAUAAUUAUGACAAUCUGGUUUAUACUCUUCCCACCCAGGUUAUGUAAUGAUGGUUAUUGCAGUUAUUAAACUCGUCACACCAAUUAGUUGCUGGGAUUAGGUGGGCUGUACUUGUGUAAAUUGCUGUAGUACAAACUUUAAAUUGCCUCUGUGACUACUGGUGAUAUAACCUGUUCUCAGCCAUCAUUGUAAUUCAGGAUUUACUGGAGGAAAACAUGACUUCAGACUCCUUACAGAUCCCAGCCCUCCGCUGCAUUCUGCAAAUCUACAAGUCUUGCUUUGUAAUUGAGAUCAAUGAGCCCCUUGUUUUAUUCUUUCGAUUGAAAGUGUUUGAUAACGUUGCCCUGCAUUGGAACCAUACAUCAUUUUACUGUCUCAAAUGACUUCCUGGUUUAUGAAAGAUCAGACUUCACAAUUAAAUUCAUGAA